GGCGCGCGCGCGUCGGAACUGACUGAGGCACAGAAGAAGCAGCUUGAACAUAAACAAGAGACAGAAUAUUACUCACGGUCUUUAAACUGGACAUUUCUCGGCGGUUUAAUAUCAAACAUUAAACUCGAGCAACUUUUAAACAUAUACAAGACGUGUUAGACACGAUAAUCUUCAAGGAAAUAGUUUUAGUUUUGUAUUUUCCUUAAUACUGAGCGUUGUGUGCAGAGAUAAUCGCUGUAGGUUGUGACUGUAGUUAUAGGGACAGGAAUGGACGCAGUUGCAGUGUAGGUCUCUGCUCGGACUUUGCUGUGAAAGAUGGGAAAAUGGGAGUUAACCAUGGACCCAGUUCAGGAGUGGGGUGAGGAGUUUGAGGAUGGCGCUGUUUUCGGCAUCACACUGCGUAGAGAGCGAGUGCAACACUCAGGCGAGGCAGCCGAGGCGUCUCCCUGCUCUGCAUAUGUUCAGUACCGUACAUGUAAAGUCCGGAGACUGAAAGCAGCAACGCUGAGCCGUGUGAUGGAUCACCUGCUUGAUCCCAGCUGUCAAGAGCAGGACUAUGGGAGGAUACUUCUUUCUACAUACCGUACCUUCAUCAGCACCAACAGACUCAUCGAGUUGCUUUUCCAGAGGUGUGGAGACAGUCUUGACUCUGAGUUGGACAACAGCAAGUGUCAUCAGAGCUCUCUACGGACUCUACUCCAGACCUGGUUGGAUGAGUUUUCUGAGGAUUUCAGGGAUCCCCCAAUGCACUCUUCGUUGCGCUUAAUGUGCUUGCAGCUGAGGCAACACACCUCUCUUUCAGAUCUGGCCAAGUGCUAUGAGGCUCUCUUCAAAAAAUUUCAAACAGAAGAUGUUGUGAAUAAAGAUCAAGCUGGUGAGAAACAGGAGCCAGAGUUGAAUCAGGGAGAGAAGGACUUGGAUGAUGUCACUGAUCAGGCAGACUUCAUGGAUUUCUCUGUCACAGAACUUGCAGAGCAGCUCACCAGACAGGAUGCUGAGCUGUUUGUGAAGGUGGUACCCUUCCAGUGUCUGGGCUGUGUGUGGUCACAGAGAGAUAAGAAUGAAAACCUCUCGCCCACCAUUCAUGCUACCAUCUCCCAGUUCAAUGCUAUUACUAACCGUGUCAUAACCUCACUGCUUUGCCCCUCCACCUCCCCUUCUUCCACUCCAUCAUCCACUCUGAACCAGAGAGCAAGAGUCAUCGAGAGAUGGAUAAGAGUUGCACAGGAGUGCAGGCAGCUGAAGAACUUCUCCUCCCUGAAGGCCAUUUUGUCUGCGCUGCAGUCCAACCCGGUUUACAGGCUGAGAAAGACCUGGGCUGCAGUGAGCAGAGAAAGCAUGAGCACUUUUGAGAAUCUGUAUGAAACUUUCCCGGAUGAGAACUGUGUACUGACCAGCAGAGAAAUCCUUGAGGAGGAUGGGAGCCAGGCAGCCAUGGACAAUAUUUUACCAAAGACAUCCAAGCAGUGUCCACUGUUUAAACAGAUGAAUGCCAACAAUGGAGUCGUGCCUUACCUGGGAACAUACCUCAGUGUACUCACCAUGCUGGAUACAGCAUUGCCUGAUACUGUGGAGCGUGACUUCAUCAAUUUUGAGAAGCGCAGGAGGGAGUAUGAGAUUCUGUGGCAAAUCCGUCAGCUCCAAGCAUCCUGCGCUCAGUACACUUUACCAGACCAUCCUCAGAUUGCAGCCUGGUUACAGUGUCCCAGGUUGCUUUCGGAUCAGGAGAGUUAUGAGUUAUCCAGACAGCUGGAGCCUCCACUUGACAGCUGUUCACCGUCCAGCAGUACAGCCCCGAAUCACCGAUCACUCGCCAAAAAGCUCACUUCCCUCCUGAAUGUGACUGAGAGUGCCAAAAAGAAUGCUGACCAGAUUAGUGUCUCAUCCUCUGGAUCCAGCAGCUCUGAAAUGGAGGAUCUCUCCACAAAUCAGUCAUCUCCUCUUGGAGCACAGUCGCUCUCGAGCUCCUGCCAAAACAUGGCUGACAGCAUUUCUUCCCCUUCUCCUACGAGCUUUUCUAGCUCCUCCACCAGCUCCCAGGCCGACCUUAUUCUGUCUUCACCAUCCACUUCAUCAGCUCCAGCCAAGCCCGGCCAUAAGCGCUCGGUCUCCAUGACCUCAUUGCCCCUGUACAACAGGCAGGUCGCCGACUCCUGCAUCAUUAGGAUCAGUGUGGAGAACGGAAACAAUGGCAACAUGUACAAGAGCAUACUGCUGACUAGUCAGGAAAAGACAGCCCAGGUGAUCGAGAGGGCUCUACAGAAACACAACAUGGAAAAUGCCAGUGUACAAGACUUCAGUCUCGUCCAGAUGUUGGCUCAAGGCAGAGAGCUGAUCAUUCCAGACAAAGCCAAUGUCUUCUAUGCCAUGUCUACUUCGGCCAACUAUGACUUUGUUUUACGCCGUUGUCCAAAAGGCCACCGGAAGCAACUCGCACGCUCAGCAUCAAUGUCAGCAGGUCGGUCUACGAAAUAACUGCGCUCAGGGAGAAACUGUGAUGAGAAGAAACUGAAUUUGCUUGGAAAUCUGCACAAUACUGAAAUGCCACUGAACUCCUUAUGGUUUCAGUUUUUAUAUGCGAAGUGUACAUAGAAUAUAUGUAUAUAAUCCAACAUAUUUAUGAUUAUUUAAUGGUGGCUAUUUGCUACUUGACAGCUAUUUUUCUAAUGAUGUUAUUACAUGAAUAACUGCUCACCUUGACUGGACACUGUUUGAGGCAGGACACGUGGUUCUAACCUGACCGAAGUGUAGAGACUUUCUAUUUAUAAAAUUCUAAUAGUGGUAUAUUGUGUACACUGAGUUGUAGCAGUAAGGCUCCUAAUCCCACAAGUCUUUGAGACAAACUCACAGCAGCUACAGAACCUGACUGUGUAAAAUGCAGCUCUCACACAUUCAUCACGUGGUCUGAGUUUUGCUGUCAGUUUCUGUCAAACUGAGCAUUACUAUCACCUCAUCGUUGCAGGGUUUGCUUCCCAGAUUACAUAAUCAAGUGCUUCAGCGUACUGACGUACGUAAUGCAUACUGAAUUUACAGUUACCUUCAAGAUACUUUUUUAGUAUGGACCUGAAAUUCAUUUCUCAUCUCAUCUCAUCUCAUCUCAUUAUCUCUAGCUGCUUUAUCCUUCUACAGGGUCGCAGGCAAGCUGGAGCCUAUCCCAGCUGACUACGGGCGAAAGGCGGGGUACACCCUGGACAAGUCGCCAGGUCAUCACAGGGCUGACACAUAGACACAGACAACCAUUUACACUCACAUUCACACCUACGGUCAAUUUAGAGUCACCAGUUAACCUAACCUGCAUGUCUUUGGAUUGUGGGGGAAACCGGAGCACCUGGAGGAAACCCACGCGGACACGGGGAGAACAUGCAAACUCUGCACAGAAAGGCCCUCGCCGGCCCCGGGGCUCGAACCCAGGACCUUCUUGCUGUGAGGCGACAGCGCUAACCACUACACCACCGUGCCGCCCAAAAUUCAUUUCUAUACUACUGAAGUGCUUUCCAACUUCAUUUUGUUGAUAAUUUGCAUCCUUUCUGUUUAUAAGACAUAAGUAAUAUUUAUGAGGCUGUUAAAAGGCUAGCAUGUGCCCUGUAUAGUUGAGUGUGUAUCACAUGUAGACAUUACAUUAACAAUUAAUGUUAGAGGCCAUGUUUGCACUGAUGAGUUUCUUUUUUUUUUAACCACAUAUCUGAUGAAUCAUUGAUCUUUUCAGUGUCUGUGUAGAACAGCCUACCUUUCUUAUAGUCAUAUUAUACAUGGGUAGCCGUUUGAACAAGUUCCUGCUUCAUAGGUUGAGAAUUCAUGAUAAAAACAAGAUGUACUGCCUGCCUUUGUUAAAGUAGAUAUAGGUGAGACACUCAUUAAGAUCACGUUACCUUCCCACAGCACCGCACCGCACCGCACCAUGGUGAUAUCGAUUGGGUGUGUACUUCCGUGUGCGUGUGAGUCUGUGUGUGUAAGAUAAAGGUACUGCACUGACAGGCACAGUGGCAUUCCACCGCCAUACUGUAGAGUGACAGAAGUCUAAUCAGCAGUUGCUGCAAUGUUUAACAACUCCAGUGAAAUGUCUUGCACUUUCAUCCACUGGUUCCUGACUGAGGCUUUAGACAAAAAUGGAUAAUACCACUGACGUCUAUUUAUUCUUUAGUGCUUUGGGUUGAAUUUCUGUACAAUUUUUGUUGGAGAGAGAUUUUUUUCUUGUUCCUAACCACAGAUGUAUUCUUUGACUCUGCUGUUUAAAGUAGAUUUGUUCUUCUCACAGACACAAAAGAGAAAUGUUGUGUAGUAACUAACUAAUAAUUCUUAGGAGAAUCAGAAACAAACAUUUAUUUUGCAGAAGAAAUUGUCACACUGAUCGUUACUGUAUUAUAGAGUACUGUAUUUUGAACUUAUUCCAACCUGCAAUCCAUAGCAUUUCAUUGGCUUACUGUACAUGCUGCUUUUGCAUAUACAUGUAGCACUGCUCUAAAGAUUAAAAUGAACUUUAACUGUU